AUGUCUGGAAAAGAAGCUACUCUAAUAUUAUUGGAUGUUGGAGCCUCAAUGUAUAGUCAAUAUUAAUAGGGAGGAAGUAAAAAGUUGAGCAGAUUAGAAUUGGCAGUAGAUUGUUUAGGAUUGAUGAUUCAAUAAAAGAUUUUUAAUUAUAAGAAUCACGAAGUCGGAUUGAUUUUAUUCGGAACAGAAGAAGCUCCCGAUGGUAAGACAUUGUACAUCCAAGAUUUGUCAAUCCCAGAUUUAGAUUUCUUUAGGAACAUUAGUGAUUUACCUAACCAUGAUGUUGGAUAAUAAGUAGGGGGAGAUAUAUUCGAUGCAUUGGAUAAGGCAGUACAUGCUUUAGAUGAUCAUGCGAAGACAAAAAAAAUGGAAAAGAAGAUCUUUAUAUUAACAGCUGGUUGUGGACAGACUGAUUACAGUGAAAAGUAGAUUACAAAAUUAAUUAAGAUGAUUGAGAAAGUGGAUGUUAAGAUAAAUUUCAUCGCUCUUGAUUUUAUGAAUGAUUACAAUGGAGACAUGGAUGAUCCUGAAAAACCUGAAGAAUUUGAGGCUCUCAACAACAGAAUGCUUACAGCUUCAUAUCAAUGUUAAGAACAAUCAAUCAAUUCUCGUUAUGUCUUUUUGAUGGUCCAAGAAUUGAGGAACAACAUGAGAAUAUUCCCAGCCAACGUUGCGUUUGAAUUGUAUUCCCAAUUUCAUACCAGAUCUUUGUAAGCUAGAGCAUCAUUCAGAGGAGAUUUCUAAAUUAAUGAUGAGAUCUCCAUUCAAGUUCUCAUAUAUAAACGAUGUUUCGAAGAGAGAUUACCUACUCUUAGAAAACAUUCUACUCUUGGAGAAUUUCAAACUGAUAUCAAUAAGAAUCAUGUGAGGAAUGAUCUCAUCUAUUAUAAUCCAGAAGAUCCAAACAUGACACCUAUUGAAAAGGAUAACAUAAUAAGAGGAUACUAAUAUGGUCGGAACCUGGUUCCAGUGGAUUAAAUUAUGGAGGACAAAAUGAAAUACUAAUGUCCUCGUUAAUUUUAAUUAUUAGGCUUUGUAGAUCGAUCCCAUAUACCUAGAUAUUAUUAUACUUCAACUGUUGACAUGGUCAUUGCUGUAGAAAAUCAGAAGUAAUAGAAGGCUCUAGCUGCUUUAGUGAUUGCACUCAUAGCAACUAGAAAAGUAGCCAUUGCAAGAUUUGUAGGCAGAGAGAAAACAGCACCCAAAUUGAUUAUGUUAUUACCUCAUAAGUCUAAGAACUCUUAGUGCUUCUGGAUGAUAUCCUUGCCUACUACCGAAGAUAUCAGACAUUUUCAAUUUGCUGCUUUGAAGAGAUCCACUCCUCCAUAAUAAAUGGCAGUCUCUGCUAUGAUUGACAGUAUGGAUCUAGAAAAGAUGCCCACAGAAGAUGGACAAUUCGAAGAACUUCUUAAAAUGAAGUAUGUUGCCAAUCCCACAAGAUAAUACUUCCAAUAAGUGGUCAUGCACAAAGCCAUCACUAGAUCUGAUGUAUUGCCUCCUAUCUCCCCUCUCAUCUUGGAGUAUUUACAUCCUGAAGUGAGGGUUUAUAAUUAUGCAAAAGAGGCACUCCAAAAAGUUAAGGCAGCUUUCAAAUUCAAAAUUAAUGAAAUCAAAAAACAAGGAGAUAAGAAAGUAUUUUGGAAAUAACUAUUUGAAGAAUAAUCAACAGAAUAAAUUUAAUAGUAAGUUGAAGAUGAAGUUGUUGAAAUCAAUUAAGAAGAAGAAGAGAUGGUCAAUAUGUUUGCCAAAUAAAAGUUGGGAUUCAAUGAUGAUAUCAUUAAGGAAAUUGGCACUGUUGAUCCCACUUCAGAUUUCAGAAAGAUGAUCACUGAAAAGAGAGUAGAUUUAGUUGACACAGCCUUACAAUAAAUUCAAAAAGUUAUAAUUUAAUUUGUCGAUCAAUCUCUUAAGGGCAGUUUCUAUCCAAAAGCACUUGAGUGUCUCAAAGAAAUGAGGAAAGCCUGUAUAACAGAAGAUGAAGCCCCAGUAUUCAAUAAAUAUUUACAUGUUCUUAAAGAGAAGUACAGUCAACUUGUCUUCUGGGCCCAGAUUGUCCAAUAAGGAAUCACUUUAAUCAGCAACAUCGAGAAUUAGAAAUCUCAUGUUUCCGCUGAUGAAGCACAAGAAGUAAUUAAUUAUUAUAAUAUUAGUUCCUAAAUAAAGAGGAUAUUAGUCACAAAUAAUUAGUCGAUCAAUUAUAACACGAAGAAGAAGAUUUAUUGGCUGAAAUUGAUUGA